CCGUGACAGACAAACGUGAAAUUGAUAUCGUCUAGUCGUAACUUGUAAUGCAAAAACAAUAAAAAUUUCAAAAAAAAGAAUCAUGACUAUACUGACGAAGGUAUUGCACUUGCCUGAGCAGUUCCCCUUGAUCCGGGGCAUGGUGUCGUAUGCCAUCAUCUGGCCCACCUGCAGCAUCACCCAGGAGUACUUGGAACACGGAACUAGUGUUGAAAACGCCAACUGGGCGCGCGCUGCUCGCUUCGGAUUCUUUGGGGCUUUCUGCAUGGCACCGGUCUUCUACGGAUGGAUGAAAUACUCAAGCCGUUUCAUCAAACGCAAUAGCCUCCUAUCAGCCGUGACCAGGGCAGCUAUAGAACAACUGACAUAUGCUCCAUUAGCCAUGGCAUACUUCUUCUUCGGAAUGAGUCUCCUUGAAAUGAAACCCAUUGACGCUUGCAUGCAAGAAGUGAGGGAGAAAUUAUGGCCGACUUGGAAGAUAGGCGUUGUGUUUUGGCCGGUAGUACAGACUCUGAACUUUUACUUCAUAUCUGAGAAAAAUAGGAUUGUAUUUGUGAGUGUGGCGAGUUUUAUUUGGACGGUUUAUUUGGCACACAUGAAGUCCAGUGAUAAAAAUAACCAAAUCAAAUCGAACCCAAAAGCCAUAUCGGCUUCGCCCGCUAAAUGAACAAGCUUUGCAUAGGGCUUAGCUGUACUUCUUGAGAUUGUAAUUUAUGAAAUUAAAAUAAAAUUAAAUAAUUAUCAUG